CCAUUCGUCGUGCCGUACCGGACGUGUAUAGCAAGCGGCGUGGUUCUUAUCUCUCGCUUUUUCGAUCUGCUGCUGUGGUCCUCCGGUCGCGACUGCGGCCACUACCAGUGAUUCGAGUGUGCGAAGAGCGCGUUUAUCUCAUACCGUGAGACCGCUCAGGAAAAUUGCCGGGAAACACUUGAAAUGGAAGUGAAGUGGAAAGGACAGUUUUUGCUGUCCCCUGUGAUUCUAUUUAUUUUUUUUACAUAUGUGGACACAGUAUUCAGUAGACAUCAUAUAAGACACUAUCGAGAGAGAUUCAAAAGACAGCAAGGAGCAAACCUAUACCUGCCUGGUAGUUAUGUAACAGACACAGAUGAACAAGAAGAGGGUCCAUGGUCCGAAUGGUCAUCCCCAGGUGUCUGCUCAAGAACGUGUGGCGGUGGAGUUAGUAUACAAAGUAGGGAGUGUGCAUCUGGUACGACAUGCCGAGGGCCGAAGUUCAGAUAUAUUUCUUGUAACACACAGGAUUGUCCGGACAUGUCCGAUUUUCGAGCUCAACAAUGUUCAGAAUUUGACAAGGUACCAUUUGAUGGAGUGUAUUAUCAAUGGGUUCCUUACACAAAAGCUCCAAACCAGUGUGAGCUCAACUGCAUGCCAAUAGGAGAAAGGUUUUAUUACAGGCAUAAACAGCAAGUAACUGACGGUACGAGAUGCAAUGAUCUGAGCCCAGAUGUUUGCGUACAGGGUAAAUGCCGGCACGUUGGCUGUGAUAUGAUGUUAGGAUCCCCAAUGAAAGAAGAUAACUGUAGAAAAUGUGGUGGAGAUGGCAGCACUUGUCAAACAAUAAAAGGACGAUACGACAAACAAGAUUUGCAAGUUGGGUACAAUAACAUAAUCUUGAUACCCAGAGGAGCCACAAAUAUAAUGGUGCAGGAAGUUGAGCCCUCAAAUAAUUACCUAGCUAUAAGAAAUACCUCUGGACAUUAUUACCUCAACGGAAACUGGAGAAUAGAUUUUCCUAGAACAAAGGAAUUCGCAGGAUGUGCUUUCAAAUACGACAGGUUUCCACAAGGAUUUUCUGCACCAGACAAAAUAUCUGCACUUGGACCUACUGAUGAACCACUUAUUAUUGUUUUGCUCUACCAAGACACCAAUGUUGGCGUUGAUUACGAAUACAGUGUACCUACGAUGGUGAGUCCAGGUAAUGAUUCAGAAAUUUACGCUUGGACUUUCGACCCCUUCAAUCCGUGCAGUGUUACUUGUGGAGGAGGACUGCAAUACAGGAAUGUAACCUGCGUUGGCCGGGAAACCCUCAACCCAGUGGACGAACGUCUCUGCGAUACGAACACCAAACCAGCACAAGUUCAAGAAUGCAAUAUCGAACCCUGUUCAGCUCAAUGGGUGCCAUAUCCAUGGGGAAAAUGCUCGGCCCCGUGCGGCGGCAAAGGCGAAGAGGUUCGAGAAGUUACCUGCCAGCAAAUCAACCAUGGGAUAUCAACAAUAGUCGAAGACGAGCAGUGCGCAGGUCAAUCGAAACCUCCAACUACGAAACCUUGUUCCAGGGGCCCGAUUUGCCCAAAAUGGCAUACAGGUCCAUGGAAAGCUUGCGAUCAUCUUUGUGGUGAUGGUUUUCAAACAAGAAAGGUUAAAUGCUUCACUAAGAAUGGUACUCGCGUGGAAAUUCUGAAGGAUUCGGAUUGUACCGAACCGAAACCUGAUGAGAAAAUGCCUUGUAACUUGAGACCAUGUGAAGGAGUUGACUGGAUCGCUUCAGCCUGGAGUGGGUGUGAAAGCAAAUGUGGACUCUCCAACGAAACAAGAAAAGUCCAUUGUGCCUCCAUAAAAGGAAAAAUAUACCCCGACAGCUUGUGUGAACCAGAACUCAAACCAGCAUCUUUGAGGAAGUGCGAAGUAACGAAUACUUCCUGUGACUACCUUUUCUACGCCUCACAAUGGAGCGAGUGCUCGGCGAAAUGCGGCCAAGGCAUCCAGACCAGAAGUGUUUUUUGUGGAGCCACCGAUGGGAAAACUGUGACUAAGGUUGAUGCUUCCAAAUGUGACCAGACGAAAAAAUACCAAACAAUAAGGAACUGCACGGCAGAAAAGAAAUGCGCCGGAGAAUGGUUUAGCGGUCCUUGGAAAGAGUGUUCCAAGAAAUGCGGAGGUGGCUACAGAACAAGAAAAGUUGUAUGCAUCUUGGACAACGAAGUUGUACGGGAAACCGAAUGUGAUCAGAAGACCAUAAUGUUCAGUCAAGAAGUUUGCAAUACACGUACUUGUGCCGAAAAUGAAGAGGCAACAACACCAUCACUCCUGGAAAGUACAAUAAACGAUCUUUCAACUCCCGAAACUUCCGAAUCCAGUACAGAAACAACCUCCUCAAUGUCACCAGAGACUUCUACCAAUGAAGCGUCUACAUUAACAUCUGAAACAUCUACACAAGAAGCAUCAACGAUGUCGUCUGCAAUGAGCACAGAAUUCACAGAACCGUCUACUACCGAGAUCACCAGUCAAGCUCCCUCUUCCAGUACUAUUGAAACUAGUGAAAGUUCAGAAACUCCAGUCUCUACCACCGAAACUUCAACGGAUGUCUCCACGACUGAAACUGAUGAAAUAUCAAGCUCUACAACGGAAGCAAACAAAGCUUCAAACGAUGACUACGAGUUCGUUCAAUCAGACACUUGUGAUGAUGGAGAAUGGGUGGAUGCUGAAACAUUAGAACCUAUCAAGGAAUCUAGUGCCUACGAAAUUCCUGUUGCUGAAAAAUCUGUUUCUUCUGAGCCAUCACUUGAAGACGAGGAAUUCAUGCUCGGUGAUCAGCCAGCAGCAACAACAGAAAAAGUGACCUUGAUGAAUCUAGAAUUAGGUUCUGGAGAUGGCACCACAAUAGAAGAAUUUGAAGGAUCUGGUUCUACAACAAGCGAUAUGUAUUCUACCACAGAAGACACAUUCAGUACAAUUGCCGCUACCACACCUUUCAUUGACAAUGAUUUCAAAGCACCAGCAGAAUCUCCUCUAGGAUCACAAAAUGUGGAUGAAAAAGAUACAACGGAUAGUACUGCAACAACAGAAAGUGGUGCAACAUCAGAAAGUGGAGCUACCACCGAAAAUGAAAGCUCAUCAGGAAGUGGAUCCACUACUGAAGAUGGAAUCACUGAAAGUGGAUCGACUGAAGAAAGUGGACUUACUACAGAAAGUGGAAUAACGACAGAAAGUGGCCUUACUACAGACAGCGGCCUUACUACAGAAAGUGGAAUAACGACAGAAAGUGGCCUUACUACAGACAGUGGCCUCACUACAGAAAGUGGCCUUACUACAGAAAGUGGCCUCACUACAGAAAGUGGCCUUACUACAGAAAGCGGCCUUACUACAGAAAGCGGCCUUACUACAGAAAGUGGUCCUACUACGGACAGUGGCCCAUCUACAGUGAGUGGUCCUACUACUGAAAGUGGCCCUACUACGGACAGUGGCCCAUCUACAGUGAGUGGUCCUACCACAGAAAGUGGCUCUACUACAGAAAAUGGGUCCACUUUAGAAAGUGGGGGCACAACAGAAGGGACACAAUCACCUGAUAGCGCAGCUACUACAGUUGACAUUAAUACGACUGAAAUGGGAUCUACAGAAGAAUCUGGAUCAACAUCAGAAAAUAAUGCAACAACUGAAAGCAGUGUGAGUGGAUCAACAUUAUCAGAGGGUAGCACUACUGAUAUUAACACCAAUACAGGGAUCGCAUCUACAACUGGUAGUGCUGAGACUAUGGAAAGUGGAUUGACAACUGAGGCUAGUGCUGCAACAGACAGUAGCACUAUAAGUGGAAGUGAGUUAACUUCGGAAAGUGGCUUAACAACAGAAAUCAUUUCCACUACCGAGAUUGGCUCGACGUCUUCUAUUCUAUCGACUGAAGGGGGAGUUACUUCAUCAACCGAUAUUGGAGUAACAACUGAUAUUUUGUCCAGUACUAUAAGUGAAUCUACAUCAAUAACUGAAACGUCUUCUGAAGCUUCUGGAAGCUCAACAACAUUGACUCCGACCGGAAGUACUUCGUACACAGAUGGAAAACUUUCAACUACAGAAUUCACUGGAACCACAGAACAAUAUACAGGAACUGGUAUUUCUACCACUGAGUUAUCAGGCGGUAGCUCAACCACGGAACAACUCACAGAAUAUUCGACAAUUACGGAAUCAACACAGGAGUACUCGUCAUCUAUUGAAUACACAGGAACCACAAUCAGCGAUCUAUGGACAUCGACAUCUGAGGGCACUACCUCUUCUGUAACUGAAAUUUUCAUGAAGAGGCCUAGGAUGUGCAGAAGAAAGAAGAAGAAGAAGAGUUGCCAUACAUCAAAACAUGGAUGUUGUCCUGACAAAAUAACACCGGCUUCAGGACCAUUCGACGAAGGUUGUCCAAUACCGAAAACCUGCAAAGAGAGCAAAUUUGGUUGUUGUGAUGAUGGGGUGUCUCCAGCGCUUGACGAAAAUUUGGCUGGAUGUCCUCAAACUCACUGUAAUGAAACUCUUUUUGGAUGCUGCCCAGACAAUAAAACCCCUGCAGAAGGAAAUGAUAACGAAGGCUGUCCCCCACCAGCGCCCCCUUGUCUCAAAUCCAAAUAUGGUUGUUGUGAUGACAAUGUUACAUUUGCAAAGGGUCCUGGUAAGAAGGGAUGUGAAAAACUCACUACACCAAAGCCUAUGGUAGAUUGUAGAACUGCGGAGUAUGGAUGUUGCCCUGACAAUAAGACUUCUGCCACCGGCAUAGAUUAUGAAGGAUGCGACAUAUUCAGGGACAACUGUCAAGAAUCCUACUUCAAGUGUUGCCCAGAUGGUGUCACAUCAGCCAAAGGUCCUAGUUUCAAGGGAUGUGAAAUGCCUUGUGCAAAUAGUACAUUUGGUUGUUGUCCGGAUGGAAAAACUCCAUCACAUGGACGAAACAGGGAAGGCUGUUGCUUGAUCUAUGAACAUGGAUGUUGUCCAGACAACAUCACUCCUGCAAGAGGUCCACAGCUCGAAGGGUGUAGCUGUGAGUAUUCCGCAUUUGGCUGUUGUCCCGAUAAUAAAACGUUGGCGAAGGGACCAAGUAAAGAGGGUUGCGAUUGUAAAUACUCUGAAUAUGGUUGCUGUCCAGACGACUUCACACCAGCCAAAGGGCCAGAAUUCCAAGAAUGUCCAUGUCAUACAUUCCAAUUUGGCUGCUGUCCUGAUGGUGUUAGUCCUGCUAAAGGAUCGAAUCAGCUUGGAUGCGAUUGUACUUACUCCGAAUUUGGAUGCUGCUCAGAUGAGGUAACACCGGCUAAAGGCCCUAACAGGGCUGGUUGCGACUGCUCCACAAGCAAAUUUGGAUGCUGCCUCGAUGGAGUUUCAGAAGCUAGAGGUGAUAAUUUCGAAGGAUGUGAAGAGGUACCAAUCAAUGCCCAAGAGAGUUGUACAUUGAACAAAGAAAGAGGAAGCUGUGGUAACUACACUGUUAAAUGGUUCUUCGAUAAAGACUAUGGAGGCUGUUCCCGAUUUUGGUAUGGAGGUUGUGGAGGAAACAAAAAUCGCUUUAAAUCGAAGGAGGAUUGUGACGUAGUUUGUGUCAAGCCUGAAGGAAAAGAUCGCUGUAAAUUGCCUAAAAUAACAGGACCGUGUGAUGGUUACUAUGUCCAAUGGUACUACGACUCCGAAAAGAAAAUAUGUGACCAGUUUGUAUACAGUGGUUGCCUUGGUAACAACAACAGAUUCGAAACUGCGGAAGAAUGCAACGAAAUAUGUGCAACCGAUAAUUCUGUGGAUACUUGCGAACAACCCAUGGAAGAGGGUCCUUGUAGGGGAUACUUCCAGAGAUGGUACUUCGACAAAGAAUCGAAGAGUUGCAGGCAAUUCCGUUACGGGGGUUGUAAGGGCAAUCACAAUAAUUUCGCUACUGAAGCAUCUUGCAGGCAAAGUUGUCUAGCUCGAGAACAAAGGAAAGAGCUGUGCGAUCUUCCUAAAGUAGAAGGUAACUGCACGCAGCAAGAGGCUAGAUGGUACUCGGACCCAGCUGAAAAUAUUUGUAAACCUUUCUAUUAUACUGGUUGUAAUGGUAACGGGAAUAACUUUAUCAGUGAAGAAGCAUGCUUGUCUGAGUGUCCCCAGCAAGUCCGGAAAGAUGCUUGUCAUUUGCCAGCUGAAACUGGAAACUGUGCUAACUAUACGGAUAGAUUCUAUUACAAUACGAAAGAAAAAGCCUGCCGUCAUUUCUAUUAUGGAGGAUGUGGAGGAAACGAGAACAAUUUCGUUUCUGAGGAAGAAUGCCAACUAAGAUGUGAUUCAGAUUCCCUCCUGCAACCAAUCACGUUAGCACCACCUCCUUCGUAUGAUGGACCCUUCAAAACAGAGUAUUGUUUCGAUCCAUCUGUAACUGGACCCUGCAGAGCAGCUAUGCCGAGAUACUACUACGACAGAUCUGACGGUGUAUGUAAACAUUUCAUCUAUGGCGGAUGUCGUGGCAACAGGAAUAAUUUCGAUUCUAUGGAUGAUUGCUAUAGGUAUUGCGGGAAUGCACAGGAUCGUUGUGGUCUGCCGCCUGUUGUUGGAGAAUGUAAAGGAGAAUACCCUCAGUAUUAUUACGACCCUACUACCGAUUCUUGUAAUAAGUUCCUGUACGGGGGAUGUGGUGGUAACUACAACAGAUUCCCAGAUCAGAUAAGUUGCGAACAAAGCUGUAAAAAAUCACCUCAAGUCAUCGCUACAACAGCACCUCCAGUUCCAGCUCCGAGACCAAGUGAAGCAAUUUGCAUGGAACCAGCAGACCCAGGAAACUGUACAGAGAACCUUCAGGCCUUCUUCUAUGAUCACAACUCGCGAACGUGUCAACCAUUCGCAUACACCGGAUGCGGAGGAAAUCAUAACAGAUUCCAGACUGAAGAGCAAUGUGAAAGAUUAUGCGGACAAUUUGCUGGUCAAGAUGUUUGCGAGUUGGAGAGAGAUCCAGGUCCAUGUAAUGCAAACAACCCCAAAUACUACUACGACAAGCGUGAAAGGAGAUGUCUUCAGUUCAUCUAUGGAGGUUGUGGUGGAAAUGGAAAUAGAUUCAGUUCGGCACUCGAUUGCGAAUCGGUCUGCCUGACCCGUUUCGAAAGACCAUCUAAUGAAACUGAUCCAGCCGUGUGUGUACUUCCUGUGGAUCAGGGAACUUGUGAAGGUGGUUAUAACAAGAGAUGGUAUUUCGAUAACGAAAGGGGAGAAUGCAUCGCCUUUAUAUACAGUGGUUGUGGUGGUAACUUCAACAAUUUCAAAACCUUCCAAACUUGCAUAACAACUUGUAAAGACUACAUUACUCAAACCGAACCUCCUCUUCCUAGUCCGUCGAGACCACAUCCUUGUCAGACCCAGUUUGAGCAGUGCGAAACGCUCCGAUGUCCUUACGGCAUAGAAGCUUUUGUAGAUGAAAAUAACUGCAAAAAUUGCCGCUGUCAAGAUCCGUGUAGAGAGGUGGAAUGUCCAGAGGGAACCAAAUGUGCCAUUGAUUUCAACAGGAACAGGACGAGAAGCAGCGAUCCGAACUUUGUAGCUGUUUGUCGACAAACCAAAAAAGAGGGACAGUGUCCGAGACUGGAACAGGGAGAUGACAACUGUGACAGAGAAUGCUAUGACGAUGCUGAUUGUACUCUAGAUCUCAAAUGCUGCUCAACCGGAUGUGGUGCUGUUUGUUCUGUGCCAGCUGUAAGAGAACCAUCCCCACUAGUCACCCUGGCUGGACCAACAGAAAUACCUCAAUAUCCGGCUCAAGUUGAUCUGGAGCAAUAUGAACCCGAAGUAACUGGAGAAAUUGGAAGUCACAUAACGCUUCGCUGUGCCGUCAAAGGUAAUCCAACACCUCGUAUUUCGUGGAGCAAAGAUGGCAUACAGAUCGACGGAACGAAAUCAAGAUUCAGAAUAAAGCUGGACCAAUCCCUUCAAAUCAUCACACUUUACACUACAGAUUCCGGUAUUUAUUUGUGCACGGCUGAUAAUAAUUUAGGCAACCCUGUGCAAAGCCAGAUCAAACUGGAUGUCGUAGCACCAGCAUUGAAUACUUCUGCUUCUGUGUAUUCUGACGAAGAAAUGAAUCCCAACGUCGUAGCAUCCUUGAACGCUCCCGCAAUCCUAAAUUGUUUCGCCCUUGGGUAUCCUAUUCCUGUAAUAACAUGGUGGAAGGAAAACGACAUGAUACCACUCAAAACAUCACAGUUUGAAGUUCGUAAAGACUUUUCCCUUCUCAUUCACUCAGUACAACUGUCAAAUCUUGGUAUAUACACAUGCCAGGCUUACAAUGGAAUAGGUAAAGCCGCAAGUUAUGGUGUUACCGUACAAGCUAAAGGUCCAUAUUAUGGAAGGAUAGAUCCAGGGAAUCAAAAAUAUUUGAAAUACAUCAUCAAUCCACCGAAUGUUCCGACCACUCCCUCUCCUUUGAUUCCUCCGACACCUUUCACCUCACCUCCAUAUGUACCCACCCAAAACGAACCAGCACCUAAAGUGCAGAUACCAGAACGCCCGAAACCUACAGAAUUCGCUCCAAUGCCUGAAAGGACCACUAGUUACUAUGUUCCAAUCAAUGUAAACUUGACAACACCGGAGAAGAAGUUCCCUGUAGGCAACGAUUUGAAGCUUGUUUGCGAGUUCCAAGGAUAUCCUCCACCACAUAUCAGUUGGUACAAGGACGGAAUACCACUCACGUCAUCCAAUAGGAUAAACAUCGAGGUUCAUCCAACAGGGUAUAGUCGACUGAUAUUGUUCAAAGCAACCAAGGCGGAUUCCGGUAUUUACGAAUGCGAAGCCAAAAAUGAAAACUCCAGAGCAACUAGCUCAGCUGAGAUAACAGUGGAAGGAGUUUAUAUACAUCCAAACUGCACAGAUAACAAGUUUUUCGCAAACUGCACCCUCAUCGUUGCAUCGAAUUAUUGCAACCACAAAUAUUAUGCCAAAUUCUGCUGUAGGUCGUGUACUGAAGCAGGUUUACUACCAGCAAAUGGAGACCAUUUAAGAGGUUUGGACAAAUACUCGUCUCUACGCAAUAAUUUGGUGUGAAUGAACUGUUACUAGUCCCAUUUUUGUUUUUAAGUUUGUCUAGCCUAAGUUAUUUUAUUUUAAAUUAAUAAUUUGCCAUCUGUAUUUAAAUUUAUAUUUCAAAUUUGAUGAAUAAUCAAUUGUAAUUAAAUGUAGAUAAAUUAUUCAAAGUGCAUUUAUGUGUGCAAGUUUGUGUGCCUUAUGAUCAACAUCAUUAAUUUGUAAAUACUGACAAAUAAUUUUUUAAGAAGAGUGUAUAAUUGCGAAAAUAAAAUAUUUUGAAUUAGA